AUGGCUGAAUACCCUACACUUCCUCCAUUUUCUGGAUCUACUGAACAAUCUAACAUACCUUUCUUGCCACCAUUCCAAAACCAGCUCAUACAAUUUAGCAAUAACCCAUAUGCUAUUAAUCACGCUGCUCUUUAUGGAAGUACAUCUAUUAAUCCCGGAGCAGCACAAAUGACAAUGUAUCAAGGUUUAAAUCAAGACCUGGCCUCUCUUCCUCAAUAUAACAAUUCUCUUCAUGAGCCAACAUACCUUGUGAACGAAAAUUGCGAGCAGCACAUUAAUUCUCAGAUAUGUGAGAGCAAUUUAGGACAAAUUUAUAGCACAAAUUUACAAACAUCUGUUCCAUUCAACCAAUCGAGCAAGGUAAUUCCUAAUCAUCAGAAACAAUUGAGUGUAGCAUUGAAAACAAAGAAUCCCUACUCCGGAAUAACAGGUACAAAGGCUCCAAACCAUCUGCAAAAUAACAAUGUUAUAUCGUACAAUAAACAAGAAGUUAGCAAACUGCAACAAGCCCCUAACAAUGGCGCAAAGACUAUCUCUGAACAAGCUAUUCUGCCUGAGGCUCAACGUCAAAAAUCAAGCUCAUAUUCACCGCAGAUAUCUCCAGAUGCUCCCGAGAAGAGUCCUCAUAUUCGGUCACCCCCUAAGUCAUCUACCAAAGAUGGGCAGCAUUCUAGAAUUCAACCCAGACACAAUUUCCAAAAUUUACCCAAAAAGCCUCAGACCAACGGAGAUCAAAGUGUCUAUACAUCUGCUUUGCCAAAAUCCAUGCAGGCUCUGGUACAUACUUCUGGUGACCAACCAACUCGAAAGAAUAGAACAUCACUCUUCGAGAUCAAGAAUAAAGCACAGGACGCAAUUCUUAGCCUUUCAUUACAUGGCAUUCAGUACCAAACUUUCAUUCGAGAAGGAUUCAAAGAGGAUGUCGUAGGUAAACUAUUCGAAGAACUCGAUAUAAGUAGAUCUUCCGGUAAUCGAACUGGCACAACAGAAUGCGGAAAGUUGUCUGGAUCUUCAGCUUCUCAGCUCGGGGAAGUCAACAUUGAAGAAUCAAAUACGAUGCAAAGCGCGAAUAAACCCGUAUUGCCUAUCCCCUCAGAUAGAAACUCGUCACUCGCCCCAAAGAAACCAUCACAAAUGGAUGAAAAACAAAAGACCCUACAAUCAAAGAUGGAAGCUCUUCGUAAAUCUAGAGAAGCCAGGGCUACUGCAAAAACCUUAACUAAAAUUGAUCAAGAACCAAUUCCUACCGAACAACAACAGCAAGAGCCGGCUAGCACCACACACGAGAAUAUCUCAACCCAUCAGCCAUCCCCCGUCACAUCUCCAAAACCGUGCCCUAUUGUUCAAAGCCCCGAAAAGAACCCAUCGGCCAUGGAUAGCCUUCCCCAAGCCCCAUCUUUGCCCAUACAUGAACCUAUUGUUCAGAAAAUUCGAAACCAAGAAGCGAAAAAGGCGUCGUCCGAACUUACUAUACCUGGCUUAUUUCUUGCAUCAAAUAGAACAAGUUUAUCUACUACACCACCACUUCACAGCCCUGUCAACCAACGCAAAAGGCCUGUUGCUUCUGAUUUUGAUGAUUCUCACAUUCUAGGUUCCUUCAAACGCCCUUUUGGGCACAAUCGCAACGAGCAGCGUUUUGUGAUUGAUGUUAGCGAUGAUGAAUCCGAAGAUGGAGACGUUCCUAUGGAUAUAGAGUCGCAAGUAGACUAUCUCUCGCCUGUUUGCGUUCCAGAAAAGGUGAAUAGCGUGCCUUCUACUACAGGCUUGCCUACUAUACCACAGAAACCCUUUACUCCACCUCCCAACUCCUCAGUUCAAACGCCGUCAGCAAUGUCUAAUGUACCAUUAUCAACGCCGUCAAUACUAUUACAAAAGCAAAGAGAAAUCCAAUUAAUGAAAAAGAAGAUAGCUGAAGCUGAAGCACAGCUUAGAGCUAAGUCAACCCCAGCAUGUGCUGGAUCUCCCCAGCGGUCUGAAUCGGUAGCAUCUGAUGCUAAAAAUACACCAUCUCCCGCAAUCAUCUCAAACAAAAAUAUUGAUUCCACUAGACCGACGCGUGAAACUUUGGAGGAACCUAGCUCAGAACCAACUAUCAGCAACCAGCUAGCUAGUGAAGAAAACAACGUACCUGUUUCCACACAAGAUAUCUCCGAAGAUAAGCGCCUCAGGCGAAAAAUAAUUGUUGCCAACAUUCCUCUUGUUGAAGCCGAAGUUGAACAGCGUCAGUCCAAACUUGAACAACUAAGAGCUGAGAUGAACAUUAUCGAGGCUGGCUUAAAGGAGCAUCUUGAGGAAAAGAAGCGACUUGCAGAGGAAAUGGAUCGCCUUGGUCACGAGCCUGAGGAAUCACCUCAAGCGCACAGUGAAAUAAUUGUAUCAGAGGCUGAACUUUCAGAUAAUCAAACCGACGGAACUCCCGCUGCUCUAGAACCGGAACAGCCCGAAACAAAUUCUUUGAAGCCAAUUUUACCGCAGAACGAUAAUUCAAAUAUCUCUGAUGAAGAACCAGGCAUCAUUGUUACCGCGGCCUCCUCAGAUAUCUCUUCUCAUGAUUGUUUGAUUGAAUCACAAAAAGAAGAAGUUCGUGUUCCAGGAACAGAAGUUGAUUUAGAUCCUACGGAACACAAGCCGAAUCUUGAAUCUACUCUAACAGAAACUGUGCAAUCAGAAGUCAACGUUGAAAAUGAUCCCAGUAGUGUAGCGAGUGAUCCCGUUGUCACACUGGAUGUGCUCCGACCAGUGCCAGAAGCCGCAAAUUUACACGCCGAAAUAAAAACCCUCAAUCCAGAUAACAGUGUUCAUCCCGCUUCUAACGAGGUAUUGGAAGGCGAGUCUGACAAUUACGAGCCUCCAGAAGCUGCUGCUACAAUCGCAAAAUCUCCCAAAUCCUCACCAUUCAGCCCGGCCCCGCCUGGCUUUAUUCAUGAAACAAAAAUCGAUAGUGAGCCGAAUGUUGACACAAAGCAGGUACUCGAAGAGAGCAAACAAAUCUUACGGACAGAGGCGCAACUUGAAGAGGAUGCCGGUGCUCCCCAGCCACUGGUUCAUGACCCCUUCAUUCCUUUACAAUCAGCAAGAAUUUUCACCCCCUAUAAAAGCCCAUUAAGAGUUUUCCGCGCAUAUCGCUUUCACCCUAAUUUUAAAAAGGAGGUUCAUGGUGGAUUAAGGUCAUUGACCUACAGUCACAGGAUCGACGCGAACAAAGAAUUCUGUCGAUUUGAAGUUGCUGGGGGCGUUUGUAACGAUACUACAUGCGACCUGCAGCACUUUAAAUCCAUCAUACUCCCCGACGACGGCGUUAUGGCAGCUUUAGGCAGCCCCGAAGAGUUUAAGGGCGAUCGACGAGAACAGUUUGUCGCUGGUCUACGCGAGGUUCUCCUCGGCUUGCGACUUCGACAGGUUAAGGACUUUGACAUGAUAGCUUCCGAAAUAGUUGCUCAUCGUGCUAAAUUUCUGGGUGAUAAUAGCAAAAUUCUUGCCCUAGAGGGCAUUACGGUUUGA